CGGGAGCGUUCAGUCACCGAGGGAUCUGCGGGCGGCGAGCAGCUGGCCGGCCUGACCGAGACGCAGGGGGCCCGGGUGGGCGGACGGACCGAGCGAGCAGACAGACACCCAGCGGCCGCCGGCUCGGCGCAGGUCCCGGCUAGGCUUGCACCCAGAGGCCGGCGGCAGACGCAGCCCGGCCGAAUCCCCUGAGCUCCGCCCGGCCCGGCUCGCGUGCCAGCGCCCCGCAGUCGCCUCCUCCAAAGUGACUGCCGCCUCGCCGCCUCCGCCGGGUCCGGGACCAUGAAGCUGCUGCGGUCAGUGGUGCUGAAGCUCUUUCUGGCUGCAGUGCUCUCGGCGUCGGUGACUGGCGAGAGCUUGGGGCGUCUUCGGAGAGGGCUGGCGGCCGGAACUGGCAACCCGGACUCUCCCACCGAAUCCACGGACCGGCUGCUGCCCCCGGAAGGCGGCCGGGCCAGGGAAGUCCUGGACUUAGAAGAGACGGACCUGGACCUUUUAAGAGCAGCUGCUUUCUCCUCCAAGCCACAGGCUCUGGCCACACCCAGUAAGGAGGAACGUGGGAAAAAAAAGAAGAAAGGCAAAGGCUUAGGGAGGAAGAGAGACCCGUGUCUUCGGAAAUACAAGGACUUCUGCAUCCAUGGAGAAUGCAAAUAUGUGAAGGAGCUCCGGGCUCCAUCCUGCAUCUGCCACCCUGGUUACCAUGGAGAGAGGUGCCAUGGGCUGAGCCUUCCAGUAGAAAAUCGCUUAUAUACUUAUGACCAUACAACCAUCUUGGCUGUGGUGGCUGUGGUGCUGUCAUCUGUCUGUCUGCUUGUCAUCGUGGGGCUUCUCAUGUUUAGGUACCAUAGGAGAGGAGGUUAUGAUGUGGAAAGUGAAGAGAAAGUGAAGUUAGGCAUGACUACUUCCCACUGAGAGAGACCUGUACUCAAGGAAUCUGCAGGGGGACUGCUACCUCCGAGAAGACACAGCUGAUCGUAGACUCCGCAGAGGGAAAGGACGUCACAGCUAGUCAGGAAGAUUCCUUCUUUCCCAGUUGCUAUCUAGAUUGGCCCUUCAUAAUUGCUUUGCCAAAAUACCAGAGCCUUCAAGUGCCAAACAGAAUAUGUCAAAAUGGAAUCUUGGUCAGAAGAAAGCGAAAGGGAGAGACCUUCAUGCCCUUCUGAUUUCCUUCCACCAAACCCCACCUACCCCCAUAAGUUUGUUUAAAUAAUUAACUUCUGGAUUAAGAUGCCAGUUAAAUUCCAUAUGCUCCAGGAUCUUUGACAGAUAAAAAAAAGGAGAAGAAGAAUUAAAGAUUUGUGGAUUGAAAGAAAGUAACAAAGAUUGAGAAGCCAUAUACUCAAGUAGCCACCAAGGGAUCUGCUGUUUGGAUCCUCAAGCGCUGGAUUUGAUGAGCUAACUGUGAAAUACCACAAGCCUGAGAACUCUGAAUUUUGGGACUUCUACCCAGAUGGAAAAAUAACAACUAUUUUUUGUUUGUUUGUUUGUUUGUUUGUUUGUAAAAUGCCUCUUAAAUUAUAUAUUUAUUUUAUUCUAUGUAUGUUAAUUUAUUUAGUUUUUAACAAUCUAACAAUAAUAUUUCAAGUGCCUAGUCUGUUACUUUGGCAGUGUCCUGGCCCUCCACCUGGCAUGCCCACCAUCUGGCUCAGCAUUGUUCUCCUCUGCCAUAACUUUGAGAUGGUUCUGUGACCCAUCUGUAGUCAUUUGUUAUCUGUGCACAUUUCUGAAGAUCUUCCACAGUCAUGGUGCCACAGGGGGAGGUCAGUACGGUCAGGAUAUAGGAGUUAACUUUGUCAGAUCCACUCUAUGAGCUGGACUGCAGUCUUGCCUAGGCGAUUUUGUCUACCGUUUAUGUUUCAAAAGCCCAAGGUGCUGAUGUCAAAGUGUAACAGAUAUUGGUGUUUCCUUGUGUCCUCUCCCUGCCAAAUCUCCUAAGAGGUUGGACUUCCAUGCCUGCAGCUUUCCUGGCUCCUCCACCCCUAUGGCCCCAGGCCCACAGAGUGGGAACUCCUUUUUUCUCAUGUCAAGACAUUUUUUCUUACUCCUGCCAUUCUUCUGGUGCUACUCCAUGCAGGGGUCAGUGCAGCAGAGGAGGAUCUACAGAAGGUAUCAGCAAAGAAGAAGGCUGAGGAGGAGCAGGAAACAUUGGAGCUGCCUGUUCUUGUUAAUUGAUAACCUACCGAUUUCUACAGAGUUUGGGGUCGGGGGGCUUCUGUGUAAACCCAUCCACCUCACUUAAACUAAAAAGGUAUGCUGUCAUGGUCCCUUCUGGAAGUUGCUGGUGCCAUUUCUGAACUGUUACAACCUGUAUUUCCAAACCUGGUUCAUAUUUAUAUUUUGCAAUUCAAAUAAAGAUAACCCAUACUCCAUA